AUGACAGAAAAGCGUCUUCUGCCUUCACCGGCAUUGAAUGAAGCUUUUGAAACAGAAAGUGCAGUUUCAGAUACAAGUGAUACCCCAAUGACGAAUAAUUUUGAAAUUCCACAAAUACAAAUACCACAAGAUUCUCAAAUUAAUCCUAUGUCACCGUCUAUUCACAUUGAGGAAGCUUUUGUCCCCAAUGACACAUCAUCGGCUAGUAAUUUUGGAAUGUUGUCAAGUGCAAAUUUUUCGACCGAUUCUUUAAACGACACAACAGAACCAUUUGUCGAUUAUUAUAAUAAUAGCAACAGUAACAAUGGUUCACCUAGACGAUAUUCAAAUUCAUCGUUAACCAACUCACCAAGAAUUGGUCGAGCAAAUUCAAAUAGUGCUACUUCACGUUCUCGUCCAUUAUCUGCAUUUCUAAUGGAUUCCAGCAAUGCGAUUUCUGAAGAUGGUCAACCAAUUCAACCAGUUUUCAACAAUACCCCAAGAUCAAGAAAUUCGUUGACUUUCGGAAUAAAAACACCGGUUUCUUCAACAUUCGCAAAUAAUUAUACUCCACCUCCAUUGGCUGCACCAACUGGUCCUUAUAGAUCUUCAUCUCCAACAAGGCAGUCAUCACCACUGAGAAUAAACAAACAUCAUCGAUCAACAUCGCCAGUAAGAAGAGGGUCCUCACCAACAAAGGCCAACAAUAACAACAACAACAACAGUAAUCCAUUCAAUUUUCAAUCACAAGACUUGAUGUAUCAAACUAAUCUUAACGUCAGUAAUGGCUCAAAUCUAAGUUUGCCAGUUAAACCGGCUCAUCGUAAAGGUCACAAGUAUAAACAUUCUUCGAUUUCUAUGAACCUUUUCCAAGAACCUCCGCCAGUUGAUAUUGGAAUGACACAGCUUUCAGCUAUACCUGAUCUGUAUCCAAUACCAAAUUUCAAUGAAACAUUGAAUUCAAUUACUCCUAAUCAGAAAUUACGAUUCAUGUGGUCAGGUUUCCAUGUGGGAUUAUCUUUAAUUAUUUUCACUAUUGGCUUCAAAUUCAAAUUGCCGUCUUUAUCAACAUUGGCUCAUUUAGUAUUUUAUGAUUCAUUAGGUUCAUUACUUAUAGUGUUUGUUGACACCAUGUCUAAUUUUGAUGUUUGGAAUAAAUCGUCUCUUGCUUAUCCGUUUGGAUUAGGAAGAAUUGAAGUUUUAGUUGGAUUUGCAUUGAGUACUUCGCUAGUAAUGGUUGGGUUUGACUUGUUUAGUCAUUUCAUUGAAGAGUUUAUAAUAUUGUGGGUUUCUCCCGAUAAUCAUGACGAUCAUGAACAUCUGUCACAUAAUGUUCAUGCCGAGCCUGGGAACAAUGGUAACUCAAAUUGGUUUAUUUAUAUUGUGGUUUUAAUUGUCACCAUGGCUGUGUCGUUGUUUUCAUCAAACUAUAUUUUGACAUAUGAUAGGAUCACGGAAAUGAUAAACGGUCAGGAUGACACUGAUUUGAAAGGUAAUUUCCCAACUAAGCGCAACAUCAGUAAUGGAAGUUUGAUAAACGAGGCUAAUACGAUCGAUAACAACACUACUGGUGAGAAACUAAAGAAAAUCGUUAGUGUUUGGAAAAAGAAUCCUACCCACUUGAUCACAUUGAGUUAUACAUUAUUUUUAUUAGUGGGACCAUUGAUACCUCAAAGUUUAACAUCUGAUUUGGCAAUUGAUAUUAAUGAAGCUGCUACUAUUACGGUGGCACUUUUGUUAUGUUAUAAUGGAUGGAAACUAGUGAAAACUCUUGGUGGGAUAUUAUUAUGUUCAUUCCCUUAUUCAGAUUACGAUUAUCAUAUGCUCAAAUCAAGAAUUAUUGAUCAAAUAUUAUCUAAAGAUUUUUUCAAACAAACCUAUAGAAUAGAAAAAUUUUUCAUUACAAAAUUCAAUUAUCGACUUUUUGUUAUUGGGAUGAAAAUUAAUAUGAAAGGAGCUAAUUCUGAUGAAGAAGUAAGAAUGAGAUUUGAAAUAAAUCGAAUAAUUUGUAAUGAACUUGAAAAAUUGGAUAAUUCUAGUAAAUUAGUGAAACCAGAGAUUACUAUUGAUAUAGACCGUUUUUAA